UAAUUGUUCUGAACUCCUUCCCAAACUGGUAAUUUCAUCAUACAAGUGAACAUUCAACAUUGUAGUCACUCCUUCACCCCCUUUGUUACCAAGUGAAUAUGCAAUACAAGAUUUUACUAUAACUAUUCUCUUUUUUCAUUUUGCACCUCCUAUAUACCAGGUAACCUUGACUAAGAAGGUUACUCAACAAGUGAGACUACUUGCCAUGUAUGAGGAUGAGACUCUUAUAGAAGCGAGCACAUAUGAUGUGAUUCCUCCAUAUGACCAAGCAAAAGCUCUUGGCAAGACGAAUAUUGACAUUUAUCGGAUUGCUUCUGGAUUGCCUUGUGGUAGUGAGGGAUUCCUCUUGAUGUAUGCUUGGUGGAGAAAACUUGAAAGAGAUUUGUAUAAUGAUCGUAAGGAAUGCUUUGAUAUAACUCAAAUUCCUGAUGUUUAUGACUCUUGCAAAUAUGAUCUUCUGCAUAAUGCUCAUCUUAAUCUGGAAGGUCUGGAUGAGCUCUUCAAAGUUGCCUAGCUUCUUGCAGAUGGUGUCAUCCCUAAUGAAUAUGGAAUUAAUCC